AUGGCUGCAACAGUGGAGUAUCAUGAGAAACCUACAGGGACGCAGUCGGAUCUGGUGAAGACAUCCCUCGGAAAUGUGAAUCCUGUUCUGCUUCGCGUGCUAGUUUACCUAACUUUGAGAGUAUGCAACCUUCGACAGCCUAAAACCAGAAGCCAAGAUGGAACCUGUACAGAAAUUUGUCAGUUACAUCGAGGAAAACUGGAUUUGCAGCACAGUUUGGCCGCCCAACUGCUGGAGCGUAUUUAUGCAAUCAAUAA